AUGGGCCCCUCCUAUCGCAAAUUGAGAAAAAAUGGAGAAGGGCGGAGGAAGGCAGGAAGCCGCGGCGCAGUAGCUGUGGACAUCGCAACACUCCAACACUUCUCCGAGCUCCUCCACUCUCAACCCAACAAACUCUACUCGGCAUCACGACGCUGCCGCCAAAUCCAAAAAAUACCACCUCAGACACGUUGCAGGAAUUUGCGGCGGAGCCAGCAAGUGUACGACCCGGUUCUGGUCUCCAUCGGCCCCUACCACCAUGGCAAACCCGGGCUCCGUCGCGCCGAGGAAUUCAAGCACCUCUGCCUCGACCGCUGCGCCGGCGGAGAUGACAAGAAGAAGGCCUUCUUCUUCUCCAAGAUUGUUGAGGAAGCCGCCGCCAUCAGAGACAGCUACGCUGAGACAGAGAUUGUGGAGAAAUACUACGACAAAUCUCUAGCGUUGAUGAUGCUUUUGGAUGCAAGCAUCAUCAUAGACUUUAUCCACAACUACUUGGGGAUGCAAGGAAACAGCUUCUCGGACUGGCAGCGAUGCCUCGGCGCCGGAUCCGCGUCGUUGAUGGUGCGCGACAUCCUGCUCAUGGAGAAUCAGAUCCCAUUACAAGUCCUGCAACUGCUCAUCACCUUGCGAUACGAUGAACAAGAAGCUGCUUCGUUUAUCUCACGUUUUUUCUCCGCGUUUUUAUUCUUUAAAAAGCGUGUAGUAGAUAUAGACCUCAAGAAUGAUGAGGAUCCUCCCAUUCACUUCCUUGAAGCUUUUCAAAGAGUUAUCGUGAAGAAGAAGAAGAUUAAAGAGGAAGAUAUAGUAAUGUCAGUUAAUAAGAAGGUGUUCCUGCUGUCUGGGUUUCCCAUGAGGGAUGAGCCGGUUGAUGCUGGCAUAUCAUACAUGCAACGUUCCGUGAUGGAUCUCAAGGCCAAAGGAAUCCGCGUAAGGCCUGAUCCCGACCUAUCGCUCGCGGACAUAACUUUUGUGCCCAGUUUCUGUUUCAGCGAGCUCCGCCUACCAGUUCAGUACCUCUCCGACCUAACUCCGGUGGUGACGGCAAACACGAUCGCGUUUGAAGCUCUUCCGCACGGAUGCUCUAGUCUGGUGGUAUUGUCGUAUGCCAUCUUCAUGAACUCUCUAGUGCAGAGCCCACAAGAUGUGAAGGAGUUACAGGAUAAUGGGGUGAUUCUGAAUAGGCUUGCUAAUUUAGAGAAAGUGGUGGAAGUUAUAAAGGACAUCGACACGUUUGGGCUGCACGACCAAGAUAUAUUCAAGGAUGUGAAGAUGAGGAUUGAAGAGCAUUGCAGGAACAAGGCUAGAACGUGGCUUGCUGAUCUGAUUUUUACACGUUUUCGGACCCUGUGGACUGUUAUCGCCUUGUUUGCUGGAGUGCUCCUUCUUUGCCUUACUCUUUUGCAGAUUUUUUUCACUAUUCGGCCUAUCAAUCAAAGACUCCUUUAG